AUGGCGACUACGCAUACUAGCUCUUUCGAUGAAAAGGUCUCUGGGGCGGAGCAUUUGGAGUCGAUUCAGCUUGAGGAGGGAAAUCACGAUAUGAAGAAUGACAAUGUCAAGCAAGAACCGAUCUAUGGGAUCGAUGAAGCUCAUCAGAAGAGGGUGAUUCGGCGCGUCGACCUUCGUCUUCUUCCCAUUCUAGGCCUCAUGUAUUCGAUAUCCCUCAUCGAUCGAACAAACCUCGGUCUCGCACUCGUCGCAGGCAUGCAAGAAGACCUUGGCCUCGACGUCGGGCAACGAUACACCAUCAUCGUCAUGGUGUUCUUCGUGGCCUAUAUUGUUUUCGAAAUCCCCAGCAACCUUGUACUUCCCAAAGCCGGUGCCGCAAACUGGUUAUCGUUUCUUGGCGUCAGCUUCGGUGCAAUUCUGAUUGGGAUCUUCAUCGUCGAAGGAUCCAUCACAUGCGGUGUCUGCCUGAUCGGGCGACUCAUCAUUGUCGACUUCCCCCACAAAGCCGACGGCUUCCUCAAGCCCGAAGAGAAACAAUUCGUGAUCGACCGAAUCAACAACGAUCGUGGCGACGCCGAGGAAGACAGUGUAACGCUGGAGCGCAUCCUCCAUCAUCUCAAAGACUGGAAGCUCUACAUCUGGGCGUUCAAUCUCAUGGCGUCCACUUUGCCCGGGUACGCAUACAGCUACUUCAAGACCAUCAUCCUCAUGGGCAUGGGGUUCUCCAACACCCAGAGCCAGCUGUUGAGCGCACCGCCGUAUAUCCUGGCCGCGGCAACGACUUACCUGUCCGGGUGGUUGACAGACAAGUAUCAGAUCCGGGGGCCGGUGAUUGCGGUGCAUCAGCUUCUCACGGCCGUGGGAAUGAUCAUCACUGCGUAUGGGCAGGUGAAUGGCGCGCGUUAUUUCGGGGUAUUUCUGGGCGUCGGUGUCCUUCAAUUCUGCAUUCCUGGCGUCUUAGCCUUCCAAGCGAACAACAUCACGUCGCAUUCCAAACGCGCCGUCGCGUCUGCGACGUGUCUGAUCGGCGGAGGCUUGGGAGGCAUCAUCGCAAGUGUUGCGUUCAAGUCCGAUGAAAGUCCAUACUAUACUACCGGGAUAUGGGUGACAUUCGCCAUUACCAUGGUCAGCAUCGUGCUAACGUUGGGCAUGGAUUUUUAUUUCUGGAGGGUCAACAAAAAGGCCAGGGAGAGUGGUGGUUCUAUUGAAGGAAUGCAGGGAUGGUACUAUACGCUGUAG